AUGCUGCAGAAAGGGAUCAAGAGAUCUGCGGCGGAGGCCUUCUCCUCGAAGUCUGCAUCCGUCAAGGACAAGUUGGAACGCCAUCGGUCCAGCACUGUGCGGAAUACUGCAACAAGCAAGACCGUUGAUUUCGAGGAGCGGCAAGCGAAGGACGACAGCCCCAGAAGCGGCAGCAAAACCCCGAGUUUGAAGGAGCGGGCUCGUCUGUUACUGCCAGGCCGACAAAAAUUACCCAUCUACAGCCACGCCGACCAAAUACGGCAGAAGCUCAGGGAUCACGAUGUGCUGCUGCUGGUCGGAGAGACGGGAUCGGGCAAGUCGACGCAGAUUCCACAGUUCCUGGUGAACGAACCCUGGUGUAAGACGAAGAAAGUUGGUGGUGUAGGGGUCAACGUGGGAGGAUGCAUCGCCAUCACGCAACCCCGACGAGUGGCCGCGAUCUCCCUGGCCCGGCGCGUGGCGGAGGAGAUGGGCACGCCGCUGGGCAACUCGAGCCCGGCGUCCCAAGUCGGGUACUCGGUGCGGUUUGAGAACAGCACGAGUCCCUCGACCCGGAUCAAGUUCUUGACCGAAGGGAUGCUCCUGCAGGAAAUGCUCCGGGAUCCCUGGUUGAAAGACUACUCUGCCGUCGUCGUGGACGAGGUUCAUGAGCGCGGCGUCAAUGUGGAUCUGGUGCUUGGGUUUCUCAGGCGGAUGCAAGGGCUCAGAAAUAAGACGGAUGGGAGGGGUGGCGUUGCACUGAAGAUCGUGGUCAUGAGUGCGACGGCAGACAUGGAGAAAAUUCAGCACUUCUUCGGCACGAGCCAGAAGAAUCACCAAGAUCCUUCGAAUGCCAAUGGCAAGUCCCGUGAGGAAAAUGGCGAAUCGUCUGGUUUCUCUGACCAAGAAAAUGGUAUUGAUGCUGCGGAAACGAGAGGCAAGCUCGACCCCGACAUGAGCCAUGGCGUCGCGAAAGACACCCCUGGCAGACAUGUGCCUCCUACAGCAACAUCACUCUUCAUCAAAGGCCGUCAAUACCCUGUGACCAUCAACUAUACGCCAACGUCAGUUCCCGAUGUCAUUGAUGCGGCAUAUCAGCGAAUACUAAACAUUCACACGCAUGCCCCUCUACCAGGCGAUAUUCUCGUGUUUCUCACGGGUCAAGAGACCGUCGAAUCUCUCCUCAGCCUGGUGAGUUCAUGGUCACUCUCGAUUCAAGAAGAUCCCAAGCAAUCGGCGACGCUCCCCAAACUCCUCAUCCUCCCUCUCUAUGCUGCUUUGCCCUCGAACAUGCAACAACGUGUCUUCCAACCAACCCCCAAGUUCACACGCAAGGUCAUAUUAGCCACGAAUAUCGCCGAGACCAGUAUCACGGUGCCCGGGAUUCGAUAUGUAAUAGACACGGGGAAGGCGAAGCAGCGACUAUUUCGCCCUUCCCUCAACCUGGACACUCUCCUCACCGUCCCCAUCUCUCGCAGCUCCGCGAAUCAACGUUCUGGGCGAGCUGGACGAGAUGCACCGGGAACUGCAUACAGGUUAUACACCGAAGCAGAUUUCUACCAGUUGGCCCAGGAUACCGAACCCGAGAUCCUGCGCUGCGACCUUAGCCAGCUUGCUCUCACACUCAAGGCGCACUCGAUUGAUAACUUGGGUGAGUUCCCGUUCCUAACUUCUCCGCCACGGCGGGCUCUCGAGAGGGCGAUGAUCCACCUCCUUCAGCUCUCUGCAUUGGACAGUUCGAGUGGGCAGAUUACCCGGCUGGGACGGGAGAUGAGCGUGUUACCCCUUCCUGUGAGUUUGGCGAGGGUGCUGCUUGCCAGCGCCGAGCCAGCGUAUGGCUGUGUCGAAGAGAUCAUUGACAUUGUUUCGGCGUUGAGUGUCGAGAACAUCUUCCUCAACAUCCACAACCGUCCAUCUGCCACAACGUCUGGCGACGUGGUCAGACCUCAUCUCAGCGACUCGGAUGUUGAGGAAGACUCCCCGGAAGGUCGUGCCCAGCAAGCACGGCGCCAACUCUUCCGCCGUGAGGGAGAUCAUCUCACACUCCUAGCCACUGUCCAGGCGUAUGUGGCGGAAAACACAGAUCGCCGUCGCUGGUGUGAAGAGCGGCACAUUUCGCACCGGGCUAUGAGCGGCGCCAUGGAUGUCAGGAAACAACUCACUGCACUGAUGGACCGAUACCGGCACCAGACCCAGAACGAGAGUAGAGCGGUUGAGAAAGGACCACGGGAGGCUGAUCCGCCGCGGGAUCACGACAGGACCACUCUACCCACUCGCAUCCUCAAGUGCAUUAUGACCGGCUUCCACCCCAACGUGGCGCGGCUUUGCCCCGAUGGGAGUUAUCGUACCAUUCUCACGAACCAGGUGGUUGCGAUCCACCCAAGCAGCGUGUUGUUCUCUCUGCCUUCAUCUACCUCUGGAAGCCAACGAAGAAAGUAUGAAGCUAUUAUGUACAAUGAAUUCGUGUACACGGGGACAAAGGCUUAUGCCCGUGGAGUGAGUGCGGUGGAGAUGCGAUGGAUGCAGGAACUUCUGGAACCGUGA